AUGAAUGUUCUAUUAUGUUACAUCAACACAUUAAACAGAUUUUAUGAUACAUCUGCUGUGGAAGUAGGUCAACAUUUCUAUUGGCAAAUAGGGGAUUUUCAAGUGCAUGCUCAAGUACUUAUUACCUCUUGGGUUGUAAUUGCUAUCUUAUUAAUUUCAACCAUUCUAGUUUUUAGAAAUCCACAAACUAUUCCGACGUCUGGUCAGAAUUUCUUUGAAUAUGUCCUUGAAUUCAUUCGAGACGUGAGCAAAACUCAGAUUGGAGAAGAAUAUGAUCCAUGGGUUCCGUUUAUUGGAACUCUGUUUCUAUUUAUUUUUGUUUCGAAUUGGUCAGGGGCACUUUUGCCUUGGAAAAUUAUAAAGUUACCUCAUGGAGAGUUAGCUGCACCCACAAAUGAUAUAAAUACUACUAUUGCAUUAUCUUUACUUACGUCAGUAGCCUAUUUCUAUGCGGGUAUUUCAAAAAAAGGAUUGGCCUAUUUUGGUAAAUACAUCCAACCAACGCCAAUCCUUUUACCGAUUAACAUCUUAGAAGAUUUCACAAAACCCUUAUCGCUUAGUUUUCGACUUUUCGGAAAUAUAUUAGCGGAUGAAUUAGUAGUGGUUGUUCUUGUUUCGUUAGUACCUUCAGUAGUUCCUAUCCCUGUUAUGUUCCUUGGAUUAUUUACAAGCGGUAUUCAAGCUCUUAUUUUCGCUACUUUAGCUGCGGCGUAUAUAGGUGAAUCCAUGGAAGGGCAUCAUUGA